UGGAAAUACCUACGAAAAGGUAUGGAGCAAAUAAAACACAAGGUCAACAUUACGGGCAAGGAGAACAUUAUUGAAAUCAUAAACGAUGUUUUAAAGGGUGACAAUGUAUACCGUGAGCUGCAAGAGUCUGUUUUCAGCGAUUUCCUAAAACUGCCAUCCCGCAUAUCACGAUCAGGCCAAUGCUUGCAUUUCAUGAUAUCAAGACAGAUAGCAGGACAAUCAAAUCCGGAUGAGACGGCGUUGUUUUUUAUCGUGGAUGACUAUGUGACGAGGUUUUCCAGGAUUGAGUUUUUUUUUAUGACAGGAUUGAAAUUUGGGUCAAGCAACUUUAACCCCUAUGCAGAUCACAUCAUACUUGAGAAUUCUUUUUAUCAGAGAGUUCUUGGCGGUAGGGAAAUUUCCCCCAACAAAUUGAGGGAGAUGUUUAUGACCCGAGGUUUGGGUGAGCAUAAAGCGGACUACGUUAAGGCAGCAAAGAUGCUACUAGUGACGGAUCUGAUAUUUGGCUAUGAUGGUACGAAUUCCAGAAUUCCGGAUUGGCUCUGGGUGCUUUUGGAGGACACAACAGCAUGGGAGGAAUUCCCAUGGGGCAGCAUGUCAUUUCAGAUGACAAUUCAUGCAAUCAACAAGGUGAGAAGCACUCCAGCAGCAAAUGCAUCAUAUCAUCUAACCGGGAACACUCUUGCCUUCUUGGCUUGGAUGUAUUGUGCUCUCCCAAAGCUGGGAAAGGAUAUCGGAGAAAGAAAACCCUCAAAAGUAUUCCCUCGGAUGCUGAGGUUCACCUACACUAACAAUCGCAGGAGACCGGAAGCUGGCGAACAGGUUCAUUUUUCACUGAAACCAACAGAAGAGGAAAAGCAACAUAAACACUGGGCAUCUAUUGAAGAAGAAGGAACACCAUUCAUUUUGCAGUACAGUCCCACUGCGGAUGGCAGCAAGAAGAGAGCAAAGAAAAUGGCCGCGAGGUAUGAGGGGGUCAGAAUGAUUCAAGAACAAAGGAUAGAGAGCGAAGGAGAAGGAAGAAACCAGCAACAGCAAGAGCAUCAACAACAGCAACAUCAACAACAACAGCAGGGAGAGGCUGUGAUGACAUUCACAUCCUCGGAAAUGAAGCAAUUUAUUGAAAAAGUGGGAGAAAGCGCAGCAAAGAGAGCGCGCAUUGAAUUUGUUGAACAUUUCAAUCGGGAAGAGCUGAUAAAUGACAUAGCUGACUGCGUCGUUAGCAAAUUGCGUCAAAGACAGCAAUAUAGGCCACCACAAGAGGUUGCAAGCACAGCAGAAUGGAUGGCGCACUGUGAAACUGAGGAGAGAUUUUACCGCCAAGUAUGGGGAACACCGGCUUUUAUGCCAACACCAACACCAACACCCACACCACCAGCAAAUGCAGACAUUGAAGCCGGAAUAUCAGCCGCAGCGGCAGCACCAGCAACCGCACAACAUGAAGCAGGAACAUCUGCAGCAGUGGCAGCAGCAACAGCAUCCCCGCCUCAACAAUUGGGGCAAAUCAGACCAAACAGGAUGAGGAUGCCAUCUGCAGCAUGUAAAAGUCCAUUCCAGCGUGAUGAUGUCAGAGGAACAAAUUUUCUUAGGUACCUGAGGAGCAAAGAAGCUGAACAGAGGAAUGUGGGUUUGCCAUAUCUGGUGGACAAAAAUUGGUUUGGUCUGAUAAAGAAGACUACCGAAAAGCUAGACAGUCAAAGCAUAGACUCUUACCUUGCCGUGCUAGCAGCAAAACCAGAGUUGGCUGGUUUUGAAGGAAUUGAAUUCCCUGCAAACAUUGCCAUCACAGGCACAAUGUUCUCGGCUACCAUAGACCAAGUAUGGAAUGAAUUACAUGGAAAAGAUCCGAAAGGCACAACAUAUGACCCAAAAAGCGAAGAGAUCAUACAAGAGGAACAAAUGAAGAGGCUAUGCUUGUUUGCAGUGGGGAAAGAGCCACGAUGGGGGGAGUAUGUCAAGAAAUGGAACGAUGUUGAGAAGCUCAUCAUGAUUGUUCACUUCAACGAUCACUGGGCCACCUGUUUGGUGAAUUUCACGGACCAUGAGUUGACGAUAUAUGACUCCAAUCAGCACAAGUUCGAUGAUAUCCAUCUCGAUAUACGUCAAUGUGCUUUCUUGCCAAUCUGCAGGAUUAUACCACAGAUCCUCAAGAAGAUUGGCUAUUAUGAGAAGCGCAAUGUGGAUAGGAAAUACACAGAAUGGAUAUAUUCCUACCCAUACGAUGGAUCGAACAAUCUGAAACAACUGGAUAGCGUAAGUUGUGGGGUUCUGUCUAUUAAGUAUGUCGAGAUGAUGCUUACUGGAAAGUUCGUUGAAAAGAACAUGAGCAAGGCGGGGCUUAAAACAUUCCGUGAAAAGAUAGCAGAAAGCAUCUACAAAUUCAGCACGGAUGCAAGUACCUUUGAGCCCUUGGAAGAUGAAGAUGAACAAGAGGAUGCCGGUGAAGGCGAAGAUGACGGUGAAGGCGUUGCGGCAGCCAAUCUUCGUGAAUGAACAAUCAGUUUAUAUUUGUAAAACAAUCAGUUAGUUUAGUUUGAUUGUCAAUCAGUUUAGGCUUGAUAAAGAAC